GCGCCCGCACUCACAGAGUCCCCGCUGCUCCACACUCGCCAUGUGUCCUGGGGCACUGUGGCCGCUGCUUUGGGGAGCCCUGGUCUGGGCGGUGGGAUCCGUGGGUGCCGUGAUGGGCUCGGGGGAUUCCGCGCCCGGUGGUGUGUGCUGGCUCCAGCAGGGCAGAGAGGCCACCUGCAGCCUGGUGUUGAAGACAGAAGUCAGUCGGGAGGAGUGUUGCGCCUCCAGCAACAUCAACACAGCCUGGUCCAACUUCACCCACCCGGGGAAUAAAAUCAGCCUGCUGGGCUUCCUGGGCCUGGUGCACUGCCUGCCUUGCAAAGAUUCCUGCGACGGCGUGGAGUGUGGCCCCGGCAAGGCGUGCCACAUGGUGGGGGGCCGUCCACACUGCGAGUGCGCACCCGACUGCGAGGGGCUUCCCACGGGCUUGCAGGUCUGCGGCUCUGAUGGCGCCACCUACCGAGACGAGUGCGAGUUGCGCGUGACGCGCUGCCGUGGACACCCGGACCUGCGGGUCAUGUACCGAGGCCGCUGCCAAAAGUCCUGUGCUCACGUAGUGUGCCCACGCCCCCAUUCAUGCCUUGUGGACCAGACCGGCAGCGCUCACUGUGUGGUGUGUCGUUCUGCCCCCUGCCCGGUGCCUUCCAGCCCCGGCCAGGAACUCUGUGGCAACUACAACGUUACCUAUAUCUCCUCGUGUCACCUGCGCCAGGCCACCUGCUUCCGGGGUCGCUCCAUUGGCGUUCGCCACCCAGGCAUCUGCACAGGUGCCCCCAAAGUACCACCAGAGGAGGAAGAGAACUUCCUGUGAGCUGCAGCAGCUGGGCCUGGGAUUUGAGGCUGUCCCGAUUUUAUUUAUUGUCACAGAAAAGAUUCUAAUUUAUGUCACGCGGACAUUCCCCAAACCUGGCCUGAAAGCACUUGGGGUCCCCUAGGAUCCUGAGCAUGUAUCACAAGGACGGAAGGGAGGUUCUAUAAGAGUUGUAUGUGCCAUCACCAGGACUAGGACCAAGUUAGGAUCCCAAGGAGGGCAGCUUCACGGAGACCCCUGCUUGAUCUCUCUGCCUGCUUUUUUCAGACUGGAGCUGAGUCUCAGGGCACGGUCAGUGGUAGUGUGUCCGCCUCAACUGCGGUUCACACAGGGCCUCUCGGCCUCAGCCCAGAGAAACCCUGGGUUCUUCCCUAUUCGCUCCACUUAAUGAGGGACCUAGUGGGAGCAUCGGGCCAUGGCUGACUGACAGGCCAGGGUAGCCAGUGGCUGCCAGGGCUCACUGUGCCCUGAGCACUUCAGAGUCACUCUAGUGCCUACCGCCCUGCACAUCAGCCUGGUGCUGCUUGGGGCAUGACCCUUCCCUCUGACAGCUGCCACUCAGAGUUACACAUGUGCCUUGAAGGGGACCACGAAGAAUGGAGAGCUGUAGCUCAGCAGCUACAGUGCUUUCCCAGCUUCCACCAGGCCUGGCCUUCAUCUCCAGCACCACGUAAAACAGACACGGGGGCACAUGCCUGUCACCCCAGCACUUGGAAGAUAGUGGCGGGAGGAUCAGGAGUACAGGGCCAGCCUUGGUUGCACAAUGAGUUCAAGGCCAGCCUGAAACCUUAUAUCUCUAAAAAACUUAAAAAGGGUUGGGUGGGCCGGGUGGUGGUGGCACACGCCUUUAAUCCCAGCACUCGGGGGCAGAGGCAGGUGGAUCUCUGAGUUCGAGGCCAGCUGGUCUACAAGAGCUAGUUCCAGGACAGGAACCAAAAAGCUACUGAGAAACCCUGUCUCGAAAAUCAAAAAAAAAAAAAAAAGGUUGGGUGGUUGUAGGGCCAUAUUAUACAGGCCCAUAUUUUUACACGCCUUUAAUCCCAGCUCUUGGGGGGCAGAGGCAGGCAGAUCUCUGAGUUCAAGGACAGCCAGGGCUGUUACACAGAGAAACCCUGUCUCAAAAAAAAAAUAAAUAAAAACUUUAAAAAGAAAGACAAAAUGUUCAAUCAUACAGAGAAUCAUAGGAGCAUACAGAGCCCUCCAUGUGGGGGAAAGGAUUUCCCAGGGUCUUUUCUAUUAUCCUCCUUCAAGUCCUCAGCUGGGCCUUUCUUGCAGUAUCCCAAAAAGUGUCCUUAGCAGGUAGCCGAGGCAGCCUCUCCCACCCUGGGGUUCUGCCUCACCAAAGAAAUAAAGACAAUAAAACCACUAUGGUGACCAGGA